AUGGCUGCGGCCGGCGGCGGCGGGGCGGCGGCGGGCCGAGCCCACUCGUUCAAGGUGGUGCUGCUGGGGGAAGGCUGCGUGGGGAAGACGUCGCUGGUGCUGCGCUUCUGCGAGAACAAGUUCAACGACAAGCACAUCACCACCCUGCAGGCAUCAUUCUUAACAAAGAAGUUAAAUAUUGGUGGGAAGAGAGUAAAUCUUGCUAUAUGGGAUACAGCAGGUCAAGAGAGAUUCCACGCAUUGGGUCCAAUUUACUACAGAGAUUCAAAUGGAGCUAUUUUAGUUUAAACAGAUGAAGAUUCUUUCCAGAAGGUUAAAAACUGGGUGAAAGAAUUACGGAAAAUGUUGGGAAAUGAGAUCUGUUUAUGUAUAGUAGGUAAUAAAGUAGACUCGGAGAAGGAGAGACAUGUUUCCAUUCAAGAAGCAGAAUCGUAUGCAGAAUCUGUGGGAGCAAAACAUUAUCACACUUCAGCCAAACAGAACAAAGGAAUUGAGGAACUCUUUCUUGACCUUUGUAAAAGAAUGAUAGAAACUGCACAAAUGGAUGAGAGGGCAAAAGGCAAUGGCUCCAGUCAGCCGGGAGCUGCAAGGCGAGGUGUUCAGAUCAUUGAUGAUGAACCUCAAGCCCAGAGCGUUGACGGAGGGUGCUGUUCUUCUGGAUAA